AGCUAGCUAAUUCAGCCAGAAGUAUUUUCUACCUCAGGCAACUCUAAACAACUACAAUGGCUUUUAAGGAUGAUCGAUCAUCAGAACUACCCUUAAAAGAGAUCCCCGGAGAUUUAGGUCUCCCAGUUCUUGGUCCAAUAUCAGAUCGUUAUCAUUACAAUUACUUCCAAGGUCAUGCCGAGUUCAUCAAGUCUCAUACGGAAGAAUACAAUUCAACUGUUUUUCGAAUGAACCUUCUUUUAGCUGAGCUUAUCAAUGUUCCAGACCCUAAAGUCAUUGUUCUGGCUGAUGCAGUUAGUUUUCCUAUUCUUUUCGAUCAUUCAAAAGUAUGGAAGAAAGACGUUCUUAUAGGUAAUUAUGUGCCCUCAACUUCUUUCACCGGUGGGUAUAAAGUCAGUGCUUAUUUGGAUCCCUCGGAUGAAAAGCAUGGGAAACUUAAAAGUCUUUAUCUCGACCUAUUUGCAUCUAUACACCAUAAAACCAUUCAGGUAUCUCAAACAUGUUUCACUGCUCUUUUCGAUAACCUCGAAAUGGAUGUAGCCGUAAAAGGUGAAGCUAAUUUCAAUACUUACAGUGAUGACAUGGCUUUCAAUUUACUUCUUCGUGUUUUCUUCGAUAUCGACCCUACAAAUCUUGGUAACAAAGGUCCGACAAUGAUGAGAAAAUGGUUGACUAUACAAUUUCAUACGAUAUUGACUCUGGGGUUACCCAAGUGGUUGAGUUGGGUUGAAGAUGCUCUCUUCCAUAGCUUUCCAUGUCCCUCAUUUCUUGUGAAAUCUGAUUAUCAAAAGAUUUAUGAUGUUGUUUACGCUUCAUCUACACCGAUUUUUGAUGAAGCCAAGAAGCUUGGGUUAUCAAAAGAGGAAACUUGUCAUAAUCUUGUUUUUAUGUCCGGUGCCAAUGCUUACGCUGGUUUGAGACCCCUUUUUCGUGCUGUGAUGAAGUGGUUAUAUCUAGGAGGGGAGAAAUUACACAAAGAUCUUGUUGACGAAAUUAGAGCGGUUGUUAAAUCCGAAGGCGGAGUUGUAACUAUAGCAGCACUUGAGAAAAUGCCGCUUACCAAAUCAGUGGUAUUCGAAAUUCUUAGGAUGGAACCGUCUGCUCCGCAUCAGUACGCAAGAGCCAGAGAAGAUAUGGUAAUAAGUAGUCACGCUGCCAGUUAUCAGGUCAAGAAAGGUGAGGUUCUAUUUGGAUAUCUGCCUUUGGCUAUUCGGGAUCCUAAGAUAUUCGAGAAUCCAAAUGAGUUUAUAGGGACUAGAUUUAUGGGUGAAGAAGGUGAAAAAUUGCUCAAGUAUGGUAAUUGGUUUAACGAGCGUCAGACUGUUGAUCCCAUCCCCGAGAAUAAACAAUGCGCCGGGAAGAACAUCGCCCUAUUGUUAUCCAGACUUACGGUGGUAGAGUUUUUCCUACGUUACGACACGUUCACGGCAGAGAUUGGGAAGAAUUAUACUGGAUCUACUGUCACUGUUAAGACAUUGAUUAAAGCAACUAGUAGUAAUUGAUUUGGUUAUAGUACAUAAUUUACAGCAUUAUGAUUGUUUGUUGUUGGUCGAUGGUCUCAGUUGUUAUUCCACUGGGUGAUAAAUAAUGGCAUUAAAUGUCAUUUUGGG